GGGUUUAUGAGGCAGGAGGGGCCGGGGUGUUCCCCUCAGUCCUACAGCUGGUUCCACACAGGGGUUCUGUGGGAGCUGCUGUGUUUGACGACCGAUAGAAAGCACUGUUUAUUGCUCUGCACAUGCUGGUGGAGGAGCUGCUGGAAGAGCCGCAGCCGAUGGGAAAAGCCCAUGGAAACUGCAGGAACUGGAUGCGCCAUGCCUAUUUUCAGGGAAGAUGAAGGGGAGAAAGAAGGGACAUUCCUUACCUUCACCCUUUACCUUGCUGUUCUUCUGUAUCGCCGGGCACGCAACUGCUGAGCUGGAUGGCAGCAAAGAAGAGCAUGUUGUGGGCGCUGCUUUGCCACCACUGAAGCUCGUGCACUCAUUCUGUGCCAUGAAGGCAGACGAUGGUCCGUGCAAAGCCAUCCACAUCCGCUAUUUCUUCAAUAUUAAAAGCCGCAAGUGUGAAGUGUUUGAAUAUGGCGGGUGCCAUGGCAAUGAGAACAACUUCCUAACGCUGGAGGAAUGCCAGGAGAAGUGUGUGGUAACAGAAUUGCCUCAGAAGAUGACGUUAGCAAAAAUUAAGAAAGCAUUGUUUCCAGGAAAGCCUGACUUCUGCUUCCACGCCCAAGAGCCGGGAGUCUGCCGAGGUUAUUUUACCAGGUACUUCUACAACAAAGACACGAAACUGUGCGAAGCGUUCAAGUACGGCGGGUGCCUAGGAAACCAGAACAACUUCAGGAGUUUGGAGGAGUGCCAGACUACCUGCCAAGACAACUCAAAUUUAUUGCCAACUGUUAGAGCAGAAGAGCAUCCCAACAUUGUGAACAGCAGUAGUUUCCCAGCAGAAGAGCAUCCCAACACUCUGAACAGCAGUUCCCCAGCAGAAGAGCAUCCCAACACUCUGAACAGCAGUUCCCCAGCAGGAGAGCAUCCCAACACUGUGAACAGCAGCUCCCCAGCAGAGGAACCCAGCCAGUCUCCUGGGAUUUUUGUCAAUUUGUUGCCAGCUGCUCCAAAUGAGAAGACCAACACUCUGAACAGUAGUUCCCCAAGGGAGGAACCCAACCAGUUCCCCUUUUUUUUUGUUGUGCAAGAGGAAGAAACAAACAGUUGGAAAGAGCCUGGGAAUUCUCACCAAGUAUUUAUGUUGUUUUUUUCAUUUGCACUUGCUUUUACAUUUGAGGACUGAGUGGUGACGUAAAGACUUGUUAAGGUUUUUGCAUUUUAUAUGUUCUGUAAGAUAACAGGUGUGUAGGUGGCAUUCCUGUGCUCUUUGCUUAGAAUGGAGUGUCUAAUAAAGCAUGAAUGUGUGUCUAUUUUUUGCCUGCACUGUAAUCCACACACACUGCUGGUUUGAUGUAGGUUUCUGUACAGUUGUGUUGUUUACCACAUGCAAAUCAUCAAUACACUCUGUAUUUAAAUUAAUGAAUGUAAAAGAGUAAAGCUUUUGGCAGCCUAUUUUACUGAAAACUAUUUGAAUUUCAUCAGGUCUGUUUAUAAGUCUUAGGGGCAUUAAGGGCAUGCACAUUCCCUGAAGGCUUUUAGUCACAGUAUGAAUGCCUGAAUCCUGAGAGCAGCUAACAGAUACCAGGAAAAGUAAUUCACUGUUUUCUCAGAGGAGAUGGGAGGGGUUUUGAUUGUGUCAGCAAUAGGGAAUUUACCUGCACAGCAGACUUUGAGAGAGAGAGGUGAGAGUAAGAGAAAGAGAAUUGAAGACUGAUGGAACAAAGAGUCAGAGUAGCAGAAUGGGUUGGACAAGAAGCACAGCUGUGGAAGGACCAGUGAAUUUCAGUGGAAAGUCUGAAGAACCUAGGAGGUUCUUCCUUAUUGUAUAACCUUUGUCUUGCAGUUGUCUGCCUCGUGCAGCCUCCUGCUCCUCUUCUGAUUAUCAGCUUGUACCCUUCAGGCUGCUGGAAUGGGCUAAAAUCAUGUGGGACCCCGCUAGCGAGGAAGGCAAGGGUGUGGCCAAAGCUGAGAGCUGAUUUCUCCACAGAGACAUGGAGAAUGUUAUCUCCUGUUUCUAGAGGAACAGCCAUACAGUGAAGCUCCAAGGUAGAGAUAUGUCACACAAAUGGGCAGGGUAACUGUCUGUUGCCUCCUCUGUGGGACAUGAAUUUGAGUUCACAUGUGAGGUGAGGAUCAGGGUGAACAGUUUGGGAUGGAGGGGCUGAAGUCCAUCUCCUGAAGCACAGGCAAUGUGGCUGAUCUGCCAUUGUAAUAUCUAUUUUGUAUGUAUAUUGGCCUGGCCAUGUAUCUUUUUCAAAGUCUAUUUUAAAAAUUGAAUAUAAUUUAGUUAAUUUACAUUAAAACAUGAAAAAAAAAUUACA